GGAAGUCCAAAAUAUCUCCAGAACACGCUGUCCUGCUGGUUCUCAUGGCUCUCUUGGUCAUUGCAGUCUUUGCUCUGAGCAUCAGAAGCUUUUAAAAGCUCCCCGUUUCUCCUGACCUGCAGUUCUCUUUCAGACUCCCAGCAGAAUCAUGCCUGAAGUUGAGGUAACAUACUCUGAGGUGAAGUUCACCAAAUCAGUGCCCAAAGAUAAUAAUUCUUCAUCGACUGACACCACUUAUGCUGAAGUCCAGAUUUCGAAACAGGAAGACACAAAGGAUUUAUCUAUUCACGUUCAAAAAAAAGAGGCAGAUGUUCAACAACCGGACAGGAAGUCCAAAAUGUCUCCAGCGGUUCUGGUGGUUCUCAUCAGUCUCGUCGUUCUCUUGGCAGCUGCUGCUAGCGGCCUGGUUGCACUUUAUAUAACGAACAACAAAGCUCUCCAAAGCCUGAAUGAGGAGAUCGACAUGUUGAAGAAAAACAUCUCACAAAGCAUCGACCAGCCUACAUCUCCACCACCAGCAACGUGUCCAUCUUGUCCCGCCACGCCUUCUAGUCCUACUUCUGGAACCACAGAACCGCUGCUACCAACAAGUCCUCCUUCAACAAGUCCUCCUUCAACAAGUCCUCCUUCAACAUGUCCUCCUUCAACAUGUCCUCCUUCAACAUGUCCUCCUUCAACAAGUCCUCCUUCAACAUGUCCUCCUUCAACAUGUCCUCCUUCAACAUGUCCACCAACUAAUACAACAAGAAAUCUGACAUGUGAAGCAGGAUGGGAGAAACAUGGAGGAAGUCUUUAUUAUUUCAACACCAGUAAAUCCUCCUGGACUGACAGCAGACGUUCCUGCGCUGAUCUGGGAUCAGACCUGGUGAAGAUCGACAGCAGAGAGGAGCAGGUGUUCCUCAUAGGAAGAGUGAGAGACUUAAUGAAGGAUAAUCAGGAUAAGUUCUGGAUCGGACUGACAGACUCAAAGGAAGAAGGAAAAUGGCUCUGGAUGGACGGAUCAGCUCUGGAUCAAAGUUUGAGUUUUUGGAAUCAGACCCAACCUGACAACAAGAGUCCUGCUCAUUCAGCUGAAGCUGAAGCUGACUGUGUGAGGAUGGGAAAGAAAGAAAAGAAAGGAGGAUCUGAUGAUCUGAAGUCCUGGUUUGAUACGUCCUGUAAACGUCCUCAGAAAAGUAUCUGUGAGAAAACAGCUAAACUGAGUUCAAGUGUUUGAAGUUUAAGAUCAAGAAGCUGCAGAGAUGAAGGUUUUAUAAACAUGUUGUCACAUUUAACAUUUAUUCCUUAAAAUGUUAACAUACUCUUUAAAUUUUCCAUCAAAAUUAUUUUUCCUUGAUUUGUUUUAAUGUUAAACUCAUUAUUAUUAUUGGCUGUAUAAGCUGUAAAAGCCUCGACUGGCCAACAGCAAACAGGAAGUUUGUUUCCUGUUGUGCAUCAGAUUAAUACGCUCCUUCCUCCACUUCCUGUUUUUACAUUUAGACUUUUAAAAGCUAAGAUGUUUCCUUCUUGAAAUGGUUAUUUUUUAAAGAACAACAUAUAGCCUUACAGCUAAAAACAAUGUGUUGCUAUAGCGAUGUCAUCUGCCCUUUUCAUGUUUCCGUUUUAUUCUUCACUCUGUUAACUUAUCUAUAAUUACAGGCUGAGGUCAUUUUUAAAACACCAGUUUUCGUUUGAAGUGAUGUUUCUGUUUCUAAAUGGUUCAUGGGCGUCUAGGAUGAAUCUGGAAGAUAUCUGGUUCAUUAAUUUGUCUUUUUGAUCUCUGGAAACAGUUUUAGAUGUUUAUUAGAUCUAAAUGUAGAAAUGUUGUAUC